CAUUCCGUAAGUGUCGCUCAACAAAAACCAUCAUGGUUUCCUUCAUUAGACUGUUGCUAGUAGUGACGAUUGCGGUUGGUACUUGCAGUGCCAAUUGCACGGACGGUGAUUCUUUAUCCAACGACCAUUCUAGGAUAAAACGCUGGCUCACAUUUUACCCGAACGGAGGAACUGCCAAGAUUAUUUUGGGAUUUAUGUUGCCGAUUCGGUUUGCGCACAAACUGUUCCGUCAGCUCAAUGCGAUUAUCAACCUCCAGGCGAAUUACAACAUUCCUCAAACACUAAUUUGGCCAGUCCCUGCGAGCAUUUUCAAAAAUCGUCUCAACAACGAAUACGUUGAUCGCAGUCGAAGUCAGUUGUAUCAGCUGUUGGAAGCCAAACUGGAUAGCUGGGGCAGCAACGGGCGCCAGUGUGUUUUGAGGGCAAUCUGUGAAAUAGCCGAGGCUCCACUUAGUCAUAACGGUAUGAUUGGAGAAAUUUUGGACGUCAUAUUCACUCCAUACGAAGUGGAAGAAAUCGAUGACGAGUACCGGCAAGCGAAACUUCAUGGAACCAAAGGCGCAAAUUGUGGGAAACUGUAUCGAAAAUGUCCCACUGGGCAUGGUUUACUGGAACUGAUUUCUGUUGUAAAAGUUAUGUAA